CUCCGCCAGGCCGCCCGCGCGCGGCUCCAGGAGCGCCCCGGGCCCGGCCCGGGCGGCUGCGGCUCUAGCCGGAGGCUUCGGGGGUGCCGGGGCGCCGCACCGCAGCCAUGGCCCUGGUGACCUUGCAGCGCUCGCCCACGCCCAGUGCCGCCUCCUCCUCGGCCAGCAACAGCGAGUUGGAGGCUGGCAGCGAUGAAGAUAGAAAGUUAAAUCUCAGCCUAAGUGAGAGCUUUUUCAUGGUGAAAGGAGCGGCCCUCUUCUUACAACAGGGAAACAGCCCUCAAGGCCAGCGAAGUCUUCAGCAUCCCCAUAAGCACGCAGGUGACUUGCCCCAACAUCUUCAAGUAAUGAUCAACCUUCUGCGUUGUGAAGAUAGAAUCAAGCUGGCCGUGCGUCUGGAGAGCGCCUGGGCGGAGCGGGUACGCUACAUGGUGGUGGUGGACAGCAGCGGGCGCCAGGACACAGAGGAGAGCAUCUUGCUGGGAGUUGACUUUUCCAGUAAGGAAAGUAAAAGCUGUACCAUUGGCAUGGUUCUCCGACUGUGGAGUGACACGAAAAUCCACCUUGACGGUGACGGUGGGUUCAGCGUCAGCACAGCAGGAAGGAUGCACGUCUUCAAGCCGGUGUCUGUCCAGGCCAUGUGGGCCCUGUUUGUCGACAAGCCAACCGAAGGGGAGAGGACUGAGCGCCUCAUCAAAGCCAAACUCCGGAGCAUCAUGAUGAGCCAGGACCUAGAAAACGUGACCUCCAAAGAAAUCCGUAAUGAAUUGGAGAAACAGAUGAACUGUAACUUGAAAGAAUUCAAGGAAUUCAUAGACAACGAGAUGCUACUUAUCUUGGGACAGAUGGACAAGCCCUCCCUCAUCUUCGAUCAUCUUUAUCUCGGCUCUGAAUGGAAUGCGUCCAAUCUGGAGGAACUGCAGGGCUCAGGUGUUGACUACAUUUUAAAUGUCACUAGAGAAAUAGAUAAUUUUUUCCCUGGCUUAUUUGCAUAUCAUAACAUCCGAGUCUACGAUGAAGAGACAACAGACCUCCUUGCCCACUGGAACGAAGCGUACCAUUUUAUAAACAAAGCAAAGAGGAACCAUUCCAAGUGCCUGGUACACUGCAAAAUGGGCGUCAGCCGGUCUGCCUCCACAGUCAUAGCCUACGCCAUGAAGGAAUUCGGCUGGCCCCUGGAAAAGGCGUACAACUACGUGAGGCAGAAGCGCAGCAUCGCGCGCCCCAAUGCGGGCUUCAUGAGGCAGUUGUCUGAGUAUGAAGGCAUCUUGGAUGCGAGCAAACAAAGGCACAACAAGCUGUGGCGCCAGCAGACCGAGAGCGGCCUCCAGCAGCCUGUGGAUGACCCUGCGGGGCCUGGGGACUUCUUACCAGAGACCCUGGAUGGCGCCCCCCCGGAAGCCCCGCUGCCCUGCUUGGAGGAUGCUACCCAGCCUGGGUUUCCAGGCAGCAGGGCCCCCGGAGGACCUGUUAUCCCUUGCUGUUUCCGGCGGCUCUCAGACCCCCUGCUGCAUUCCUCCAGUGACGAAACUGGCAGUUUGGUCCAGCUUGAGGAUCUGGAGAAGGAUGCCCUGUUGGAGGAGGCGGCUCAGCCAGCCAGACCUCCCCAGGAAGGCCCUGGACUCUGUGAGAAGGAGGUGAAGAAGAAACGCGAGUCUGGGAGCCUGAAAACCCGGAGUGGCCCCUUGCCACAGGUGGAGGAGAUGGAAAGGGAGGAGGUGCCAGGAGCUGGGAGGUGGGGGAAGCCCCCAACCCAGCUUGAUAAAAACCUGCUCAACCGGGAAAACCUGAAUAAUAACAACAGCAAGAGGAGCUGUCCGGAUGACUUUGAGGUAAGCAUGGGACCAGCGUGUGGGGACAGAGGGCCACAUCACUUCCAUCCUGCCCUGCAGAGCAGCCCCCUCACAGCCACCUCUGCUGCUCUGCCAGCUGGUCAGUUCUCAUCCCCAGCGACCUGUGGGCUUAUUUCAGAAAGCGAUUCUGCAGGCCGAUUGGGAAUUGGACAGACAUCCAUCAUUCAGCUGCAGAAGGCAGGCUUGGUCCGCAAGCACACCAAAGAACUAGAGCGGCUAAAGGGCACGCCCGCAGACCUGGCGUCUCCCUUCAGGGAUGGUGCAACCAGCAGGCUGGAAGCCAGCAUACCAGAGGAGAACCAGGACCUGGCUCCUGGCCCUGAGCCGGGGACCCCAGCUCUGCCCGGCCAUGCUGCCGGUGAUGAGAAGUCAGAGGCCGGCCCCCCUCCAUCAGAAGGAGCCUCGCUGAAGAGCGCCACUCCCUUCCUCUGCCGCCUGGAUCACACCAGUCAUUUCUCGAAAGACUUUCUCAAGACCAUCUGCUACACCCCCACCUCAUCUUCCAUGAGUUCCAACCUGACCCGGAGCUCCAGCAGUGACAGCAUCCACAGCGUCCGCGGGAAGCCAGGGCUGGUGAAACAGCGGACGCAGGAGAUCGAGACUCGGCUGCGGCUGGCAGGCCUCACCGUCUCGUCCCCACUCAAGCGCUCACACUCUCUUGCCAAGCUCGGAAGCCUCAAUUUCUCAACAGAAGACCUGACCAGUGAGGCCGACGUGUCCACCAUCGCCGACUCCCAGGAUGCCAAGUUGAGCGAGGCUUCCUUCUUGCACGAGCCCCAGGCAACCCCAAGGAACUCAGCCGCCACCUCUAUGCCAUCAGGGAAAUCUGCCCCAGAAAACUUGAAAAGCCCCUCGUGGGUGAGCAAAAGCUGAUCCCCCCUUUAGCUGAUCACACGAUCCCUCCCUUAGUUUCACUGUGGAUUUUGGUCAGCCCCGCAAGUCUUGAUUUCUCUUAAAAUUGGCGUUCUCCUAACUUCCUCCCCGCUCUUGCCAUAGAGAGGAGGAGAAGAAACAAACGUGCAGCCCAUGAAGAGAGGGGAGUGUCAGUUGUGUGGCUGGGAGAACCAGAAGCUGUGGGCCAAGCAGACGCGGAGCCCCAGUCAUGUGUUUUCAAGGAUCCUGUUUUAAGAAGAGCAUAUACAGAUAUGCACGCAUCAAAAACGCUCCAUUCGCAACAUGCAGAACAGCUGUGGUGAUGGCAGAUGGCAUCGCCACCACGGCGCACGUUCCUAGCUCAUUCAGGCCCUCGUGGGUAACUCUUGGAUGGCAAUAUAAGUCCUACCUCUGUUCUUGCUGUGCUUUUUAUUUUUAAAACACAAUAAUGACCAAGGCCUGUUCCAGGGAAUAAUGCUGUGUCAGGAAAAAGUUUUCCCAAAAAAAGAAUUGUUCUUUUUUUUUUUUUUUUGGUUGGGACCCCAAAAAGUGUUAAGAGUUCUAACUUGACUGCACCAAGCACUGUUAACGUCAAGUUACACGAGGGCGUCGAAUGCUGUUGAACCAGCUCCGUGGUGCACGGGGAUCGUCUGUGCAUUUGAGUUCUCUGUGCUGGUGUGCUGUUACAGCUGAGUGACGUGUCUGGCCAGCACGGGGGGCUGGUGGGGGAAAAUAUGAUGUCCUCAGUUGCCAGUAAUGGAGUUUAAAUUGCCCCCCACCUGGGGAGAAGGACCCACAAUGCGUGUUGAGUCUCCUCUGCUGCUGAGCCCAGUAGUCGUGCUAAGGUUAUGAAAGCGCUCGAGUGUCAGGCAGGGCCGGUGGUUCUGAGAUGCAGAUCGGCCUGCCAGGAACCCCGGGACUCAGGUUCAUUCGGUCACAUCGACUCAUGUUUGGGGAGGAAAGGCAAUUCCAGCCAAGAGAAAUGUGACUGUUGAAAAGCUUCACAGAUGUUUACAGUUGCCCCUUCCUGUGGGGAGAAUUCUGCCUGUUUCUCUCUGGCUCUUCCUAGCGGCGAAGAUGGGGUACAGGAGGGGUCCGCAGUCUCAGCGUAGCCUUUUUAGAAUCAGGUGAGCUCCGUGCGUCGUGCUGCCGUGGGCUCUGGGCUUGCGUGGGGGGUUAUCCGGUGUCAGUCAGCAAGACCGGAUGUUAAAAUGUUUUCAAGGGAGAAGGGGCUUGAUGAGAAAGGUUCAACUCAGGGGUCAGCAGACUGGUGUACAGCCCCAUGAGCUACCAAUGGUUUUUACGUUUUUCAGGGGUUAUAAAAAAAAUUAAUUAGUAGGGGACAAAGACCACGUAGCCUGCAAAGCCUAAGAUAUUUACUAUCGGGCCAUAUAUAGAAAAAAUGUGCUGGACCCCCUCCCCCCUUUUUAUUUGACAACACAGGGCUGCCCAGGCCCCUGGAAGAAGAAACUGGGCAAAUGUGAAGGCCUUCCUGCCCCUUCAACACCGCAGGCCACAUCCUUCUCCCGACCCAGACCUUGCCAGCCCACCCCCAGCAUGUGUCCUGCAGGGCGAGGUAGCCCGUGUUCAUGGAAGAAUGCUGCUGGAUGAAGCUUCCCCACAGGUACAGCUGCCCUCAGGUGGGCCAGCCAGAUGAAGUUAAGUGAAACUAGAGAGCCUUCAAGGACCAGCCAAAUUCUGAAAGUGGGCGAAUGAGUCGCCAUGUUACAUUGGUCAGAACGAGCCCACCCCAUCCGCCGCAGAGCAACCAUUCUGAGAGCACCUAGGCAGGGUCUUCGGGGGCAAGGCCAACCCAUAUGUCAACUAGUGGGUAGAGUUUGCAAAAACCCUCUCUCUGGGAACUUUUUCUCCCUGACCUUAUUCUUCUGUUGUUGUUUUUAAGUAUACAUUAUUUUACUUUAUAGGAAUUUAUUUUCUCACCACUGUCCAUUGAAAUCACCUUAAUAGGUGAUUAUCCACUUAUUCCUGAAAACCCUGUUUGGUUUUUCUCCCUCUCAGCCAACAAAUGCAUAUUCUCAAAAAAGAAAAAAAAAAAGUCCAGUAUGUUUUGCCAAAUUAAAUUUCAUGUGGUAGAUCAAUUUUUGUGUCAAAAUAAUCCUUUAGAUUUGGUGAUGACAGGCUUGCGUUGGUUUCUUUCACCAUGCCUGUGUGUGAGUGAUCCAUUCUUGAAAACUUUUCAUUUUGAAAACCAUAAUUUUUCUUAUCCAUUUAGAGGGUGGGAGGUGAAUUACAAAUAUCAGUGGGGUUUUUGGCCUUGUCAAAAUUCUCCGUUCGUUUUCAGAAGCACGGCUCGUAUAUUAUCAUUGAAACAGACCAGGGCUGAGGGCCCCAUCGUCAGAGCAAAAUGAAUCGUUCUUGAUUUGGUGGAUAACACUCUGGCCUGGAGAAAAGGAUAAAGACGUUUCUCCCAGACCCAGAUCAGUUGCAUGUUAACAUACAGCAAAUUGCUAUUUGAAAUGUAUUCUGCCAGACUUGGGGGCACCUUGGCAAAGACAGAUUCAUACCCGUCCCUGAAAAGAAAUUUUGCUCCGUAAGAUAUGCCGUAUCCUGACUGAUGCUUGGUCUGUAAUCUUAGCUGAUGAGGAAAAUUCCUAACAGGAGUGGCACAGGUGAGAGGCAGCAGUGAAUGCCCUGAAAGUCAUUGAUUUCGGUGACUGACAUCUUCAUGGAAUGCCUUUGUCGAAUUAGGAGAGAAUGGAAAUCGUGUAAAUCAUCUUGCUAUUGUGUAUUCAGUUGUGCUUCAUCGUUCACCUCACCUUUCCCUCACCCUUUCAUUCAAUAUGGCAUGCCAGAAGUCAGACUGAAGUAGAUACAGGGAGGUCGCCUUGUCACCUUUUGUUAAGUAUAAGGGAGAAACUGGUCCCGGAGAGAGGAGAAAGCAUCCUGUCCUCUGAUCAUGCCUUGACCAUGCCAAUUUCCAUCUCUUUCUCUUAGAGCAAUGUCUGUGGUUGCAUGAGCUUCUUAAGAACAAGAUUUCGCUCUCCGUAUUCCCUGCCACCUUGGUCUCAGUGUGGGGACCCAUGCUGACCUCUGGGCUGGCGAACAGCUCUCUGUGGGGCAGCGGUACCCUGUCCAUCUGGCAUGCAGAUCUCUCACCAGGUGCUCACAGAUGACUACACUCUCCAGCCUCCUGUUCCACACCUCACUCUCCAGCUAGAAAGCAUUCCAGCCCAUUCUAAAGCCUCUUCCCUCCUAGAUAGGCCCAGAGGAUACCACAAGAUGGAACCAUGUUUGCAAUAGAAUUAACUCCUUCAGGACACCCUGUACUUAAUCACUCUUGUCUCUCCACGCAGGCCUGACCCCAGAAGAGACCCCUGCUCCCCUGGGCCCAUUUCUCUCCAUUGGGAACAAAUGUGGCACCAUGUAGUCAAGAUCAUAUAACCUGGCCCAAGGUGUCCAAAGAGGCCCUUGCUCUCUGUUGGCCGGAAACGCUUGGUGCCAGAAUACAUUUCACCCAACCCUAGUCUGGCUUGCCACCUGGCAGGGGUCCCCAGACACACACAACUCAGCGAGGGCAAGCACUUCCCCGUUGGCUGAAAAGCUAGGCGGGCUGGGAAAUUGGUGACAUCUGGACAGCACGGUGCAGGUUCUUGCCAAUGCUUUAUGCCAGUCGAAGGUAGGUGAUUGACCCUUCUGCUCAGCUGCUUGGUUUUGUUAUUGUCUGUUCUGCAACUGAAGACCUGUGUGUAUAACUUCACUCUGCAUAUAUAUAUAUUGGAAUGUAUAUAUAUGUUACUUGAAUCAAAUCAUCAUGCGCGUCACUUCUGUCUCGUCCACACACACGCUGUCACCCGAGCUGGGAAGCAGAUGGCCUGGAAUGCUCUGGAGUGAUGCGUCGUGCUGCCCCUGGUAGAUCUGGACACGACUGCCUUGUUUUGGUCUUGGAUUAGGUGCUGUGGCCCUGGCUUCAGUCAGUCUCUUAAACAGGAGUCUUUAUAACUGGACCACUGGUCCGCUGCUGUCCUUUCUGUCGGCUGUGCUGUACGAGAAGGUGGCUGCUUCCUCCCUCUUUUCCGACACUGUAGUUCUUUGACAAUUGAGUGCCUUAAUAAUAGUUUACAAAUACUGUGUAUUUAUGGGGAACUGUUAAGCUCUCACCUUCUGUGAUUGGAUACUUUGCCUUGGUGGUGGUGGUUGGCGUUAGGGCUGGAGCUUGCCCUGCCCGUACCUGUGCUCAUCUGCUGUGCAGUCUUACGCGUGUGCCCGCAGCUGGCCCAGGAGCAUUGCUAGAAACGGCGCUGGUAGUUCCUGCAGGCGAGGCAGGCCCUGGCUCCUGCUGCAUCCACAGUAGUGAGGAAAGAAUCGAUCUUGGCGUGCUAGCCAGCUGGGGGUGGUGCGGUCCAGGCGCCCUCUGCACCACAGCCCGGCCCCUCCCCCACUCUCCCAUCGCACAGUUGUACUCUUCUUUCAUAGAGGUUUUUGUUACCACCUUGGCCACCCUAUUUUCCUCUCUGUUGGUAUCCUGAGCUUUUUGCAGCAAAAUGCAGGUACAGACCACCCCUCCCCCCAAAAAUCAGGAGCUCCACAAGAUGGGCUGCCCUUUGGUUUUCAGAAGCUGCCAGUGGUUUCCAUUGUGUUGCAUAAUGAUACCGAUUAUUUUUUUAUUAUAUUGGGUUUUUUCCUUGUUUUUUUUUUUAUAUAUUUAAAAGGCAGUAUCUUUUGUACUGUGAAUUUGCAGUAGAAGAUGCAUAAUGCACUUUUUUUUUUUACUUCUGUUGGUGUGUACUGUAUAUAGUCUGUGUGCUUCUUGUGAUGAAAAUAAACUUCUUCUUUAUAAAUGCCUGGUGACGUA